AUGGCCAAAUCGCCCAAAGCACCCUCACCACCCGCGGGCGGGGCGAGCACACACGUCUCGCCCGGGUCCGCUCCCGCCGAUGAGGCGAACGUGCUCGUGGAAGCAGAGGACGCAGCCCCUGACGAUGACGAUUCCGGGUCCGACUACUCGAGCAUUGGCGGCUCCUCGGCGACAACCAGUGUCGCGUCGUCCUACCUCCUGCCCAACGACGAAACCGAGCAGGAGCGCCUCGACCUCACCCACCACGUCUUCUGUCUGCUGCUGAACGGCGCCCUAUGCGUCACCCAGCUCGAGAAGCCGCAGAACAUUCUCGACAUUGGCACUGGCACGGGCAUCUGGGCCAUCGACAUCAGCGACUUGCACCCCUCAGCGACUUGCACCCCUCAGCGACUUGCACCCCUCAGCGACCGUGAUAAGCACCAACCUGAGCCCGAUCCAGACGCCAUGUUCCAGGUCGACGACGCGACGCCAGAGUGGAUGUUUCCCCCGGACCACUUCGAUUUUAUUCACGCGCGCACGCUCGGCGGGGCCAUUCGGGACUGGCCGGCGCUGCUCAGCUCGUGCUUCGAGCACUGCCGGCCGGGCGGGCACGUCGAGCUGGUCGAGGGGCGGCCUGACUUUUGGUGCGACGACGGGUCGCUGACCGACAUGGCCACGGCUAAGUGGCUAGCCGAGUUCCGGCGGCUGGCGGCGUCGCUCGACUUUGACAUUGCGCCCAAGCUGCCCGCGCUGCUGGCCGGCGCCGGCUUUGUCGACGUAACCACCACCCAGCGCGUCGUGCCCCUCGGCACGUCCCCCAAGGACGCCCAUCUCAAAGAGGUCGGCCGGUGGUUCCGGACGCAGUUCAUCGACAUGGCGCUCGAGGCCUACUCGCUCGCCCUCUUCACGCGCGCCGGCGGCUGGGCCAACAUCGAGUUCCAAGUCCUUCUGGCCAAGGUGCGCGAGGAGCUCAAGACCAACAAGAUCCACCUGUACACGUACACCGCGUUUGUGACGGGGAGAAAGCCAGAGGCGUCGAGUUAG